AUGCAAUUAAGUCUUCUUUCUCUGAAUAGGGUCAACCUUCGCACCCAGAAGCGCCUCGCGGCCUCCGUGGUCGGCUGUGGCAAGCGCAAGAUCUGGCUUGACCCCAACGAGGUCAACGAGAUCUCCAAUGCCAACUCCCGUCAGACCAUCCGCAAGCUCGUCAGCGAUGGCCUCAUCAUCCGCAAGCCGGUCACCAUGCACUCGCGCGCCCGUGCCCGUGAGCUGAACGCCGCUCGUCGUAUCGGCAGACACCGUGGUCUCGGUAAGAGAAAGGGUACCAAGGAUGCCCGUAUGCCCAGCCAAGUCCUGUGGAUGCGCCGCAUGCGUGUUCUUCGUCGUCUCCUGGUCAAGUACCGUGCCUCCGGCAAGAUCGACAAGCACCUCUACCACGAGCUCUACCACCUGAGCAAGGGUAACACCUUCAAGCACAAGCGUGCUCUGAUCGAGCACAUCCACAAGGCCAAGGCCGAGAAGGCCCGUGAGCGUGUCCUCAAGGAGGAGAUGGAUGCUAAGCGUGCCAAGACCCGUGCCGCCCGUGAGCGACGACAGGAGCGUAUCUCCGCCAAGCGUAACGCUCUGGUCGAGGAGGAGGAGGCUCAGGAGUAA